GCCGGUGUGGGCACCGGGCGGGCCCCGGGCUGGACCGGGACAUGGCGGGUGAGGCGGCGGCGGGCGGCGCGGAUCCGGGAGCCCGCGCGGGGCAGCCCCGGCGGGUGCCCCCAUGAAGGAGCGCGGCGGCCGGGGCAGCCGGGACACCGCGGGGCGCCAUGAGAGCGGGCCACGAGCGGAGCCAGGAGUGCCUCCCGCAAAAGCGGGACCUUCCCGCCGCCAGCGCCGGCACCGAGGCGGGACGGGCGGGGGGCCCCCAGGGCUCGGGCUCGGGCCCGGAGUGGGCCCGGACGGCCGGGCCGGGUCCCGCCGCCCCCCGCUACACCCCUGGCGAGGCCCCCGAGGCGGCGGCGGGGCUGACGGUGGACCAGUACGGGAUGCUCUACAAAGUGGCACCACCGCCUGCCACCUUCUCCCCCACGGGCCUGCACCCCGUGGUGAACGUGAGCCCGCUGUCCCCCGCCUUCAACGUGAGCUCACCCAUCAUCCAGCACCCGGGGGUGCCCUUCCCCCCCAUCCACUACGCGCAGAUCCCUCCGGCCUCCUUGCAGCUCAUCGGGUCCCACUACACAGUGCCCUACGCCGUCCCCCCUGCCUUCCUGCCUAGUCCUCUCCUAUCUCCUUCCACCAACCUCGCCGCCCCCCACGUCCCCCACUUUGUGCCAUAUGCCUCCCUGUUUGCGGAAGAAGCUGCUCCUUCCCCCCAGACUACCUCUCCCACCCACAGCUUCAACAAAUCCGCCUCUGCAGCCUCUCCUGGGCAGGUGCAGCACCACUCUGUGCCCCAGCUGGACAUGGCCCCGGGCAGGAUUCCUGUUUAUUAUCAGAUGUCCCGCCUCCCACCAGGGUAUUCGGCCUACGAGGCACCUGCAGCAGGUGGGAGCCCAGUGUCUCCUCAGCAGGACAGUCAGCUGAGCUCAGAGGUGGCUGCAGCCAACGGUGGGCAGAGGCCCCUGGAGCAAAGUGUGGCCAGGAGGCCCAGCGAGGCCGUGGACUCUGCCAGCAGUGCAGCUGAGGACUGCCAGCCCCCGGGGGCUGCAGCAGGAGGUGUGGGUGACGGACAGUUCCUGCCAGGUUACCAGAUGCUGGGAAGAGAGAUCUCUGUGCCAGCUCACAGGAGCACCCCAGACGCUGAUCUGGAGGUUCAGAGGGUGGUGGGAGUGUUGGCAUCUCAGGAUUAUCAUGUUCUGGCAGCCCCGAGGAAAGAUGAUCCGAGCCCUUUGAGCCUUUGCCAUAAUGUCUCUGAUGGGCAGGAAGACAUGCUGAGAAACACCAUGGAUAGGGCUGGGAACAGCCAGUCCCGGAGCCCAUGUGGAAUGUCCACCGAGGAGGCUGUUAGACAGAGACAGUUAACCAAAGGAAUGGUGGUAGCCAAUGGCAAGCCAGUCCUUGUUCCUGUUGGGUCUGAGCCCGUCAGGUCUUCCACUUCAGAAGCCCUGGUGAAGCAGAGCCCAGAUGCACAGGCUCGAGGAAGUGUGCUGGAAAAGGAGCUGGCCCAGCUGCAGCCACCCAGCUCCUCCCAGCUGCCCUCUCACUUCAUGAAAGGAGCCAUCAUCCAGCUGGCGACGGGAGAGCUGAAGCGGGUGGAGGAUCUGCAGACUCAAGACUUUGUUCGCAGUGCAGAGGUGAGCGGGGGCCUGAAGAUCGACUCCAGCACUGUGGUGGAUAUUCAGGAAAGCCAAUGGCCUGGGCUUGUUACACUGCAUUUUGUGGUUGGGGAGCAACAAAGUAAAGUGAGCAUUGAUGUGCCCCCGGAGCAUCCCUUCUUUGUGUAUGGCCAGGGCUGGUCCUCCUGCAGCCCGGGGCGGACUGCUCAGCUCUUCGCUUUGCCCUGUCACAGGCUGCAAGUGGGGGAUGUCUGCAUAUCAAUCAGUUUACAGAGCAUGAAUGGCAACUCUUCUUCUCAGGCCAACUCCCCUCUCACAGAUCAGCUGGGAUCUGCCAGGGAGAGAUUGGAACGAACAGCUCAGGGGCUCCGAGAGCCACCUGACAGAGCUGCUGAAAGGAAGAGCCACACGGACAGGGACAGCGCGGCCCAGAGCGCUCGCGCAGAGCCCCCUCAGCCUGAGGCUGGCACUCAGCACAGCUGGACAGCCCCAGGCUUCCAAAGAUACAGCAUGCAGGCAGAGGAGCCUCGGCCCUCCCUGCUCCGUCCCUCUUUCAUUCCCCAGGAGGUGAAGCUGUCUAUCGAAGGGCGUUCGAAUGCAGGGAAGUGAUCCCCUGGAGGUGUGAGCUGGGGCAGCCCCGGCAGGUGAGCCUCCCCCUCAGGGGGAGGAAUUGCACAGACUCUGUGACAGGUUCACCAGCAAGGCUGCUUUCUGCCCUGCAGGACUGGCUCUGUUCCAGUUCCGUGGCUGACCAGUCCCUCUUGGGGAGUCAGGAGGGCUCCAGUGCCUCAGGGAGCAGCGACAGGCUUAGCUGGGAUGGGGAGCAGGGACGUGCUCGUGAGCAUGCAAUGAGAGCAUUCCAGAGGCUGGAGGCUGGGGCUUUCUCCCACCUCCAGGGAUAACUGACUCCCUGCAGGGCAGGGGCUGAGCAUUCAGGACAGGUGGGGAGAUGAGGAGGGCAGACACGGCUUAAGGUAGCAGAUAAAAUUGCUGAAGAUUUUAUUCCUCCUUUCUCGUGAUGGGGAGAGACGGCUCCCCACUGGAGUCUGGGGGCUCUACUCCCAGUAUCCCCUUUCUUCACACAUGCACUUUAAAAGGACCGUUCACUGAGGGAGCUCUCGAGGGCAGGACGGAGGUGCUUCUCUGGUGGUUCUGAUUAAUGUCUCUUCCACUGAAUCCAACUGCUCUUUCUUCUUGCAAAGAAUGUACAGAUUUGAAUGAUUCACGGAAAUUCAAGAGGAAGGACCAAAAGGAUGGGUUUGGGUGUAGGUGAAUAGGGAACUUGACCACUUGGGAUGGGACACGAGCUGGGAGACAUUUAGUUUCCUGCUAUAAAAUACAUUAAAUUGUUUGCCACCAAAUCAAAUCUUUCUUCCCGUGCUAGUAACUUUAAAAAAAGAUCCUGGGCUUAUAAAUUUGCGGAGUCUCUGCCUAGGGAUGAAUGAGGUUGAGGUUUUUUAUCUGGUUGGAUUUGGGAGCUUGAUAUUUUGUUGAUUUGUAUUUUUUUAAAGCUGGAUUAAAAUAUGUCCAGCAUUCUCCAGGAAAGGAUGAAAACAUCCUUUUUCUGUGAGAAGACUGAGGCUAUUUUGUAAUUAAGUCAGAAAAAAAAACAUUCUGGAUGGGUAAUUCUUCCCUGCAGGCAGUUUCCUGAAUAAGUUCUGGACAAGAGACAAGUGUUUGUGCAUGUGCAGGCAAGGUACAAAGUUUCUGCUAAGUACACUAUGAUUUAUGUAGGAGCUCUAAAAAUAUCACAGCAUCACAGGGCAUUUUGGGGUGGUUUUUUUUAGUUUUUCUGAUUCACUUUGGAGUUCCUCUGUCGAACAACAUGGUAAAAUCAAGAGUAGUCUCUUUCAUGGUGAGAUUUAACACAAUUGUGUAUGAAUACCUCAUUGUGGUGAUAACACUCUAUUGAGUGAAGGCUCCUGUAGUUACACUAAUCUGCCCUCUCUGAUGGUGUAUUAUGACACCAGCUCCAACUGCUCAGCCAGGAUAAAGAAUGGUCACUGUUCUAGGGAGGAAAGAGUUUUCACUGACUUAACCUGGGUUAAGUAUUCCUUGUGUUAAGGUGCCCAUCUCUGUGCUAGGACCAGGCUUUGGAGGGGGCUUUCCUCAGUGUGCAGAGCCCUCAUGUCCAGCAUGCUGUUUCUGUCUCCCUGCUCUCAUCUUCCUGAAGUUUCUGUCAGGUGUGCCUGACUGCUGGGGCACCGCUCCUCCCUGUCACAGAAUGGUGUGUGUCAGCACCUCUUGCAGCGGUGCUGCCUGAGGGCUGUUCUGCACUCACUAGCAGUGUGUCCUGUAACGGGUUGGCUUCUACUGUGUGAUGGGCAGGUGCUCUGCCUGGGUAUCAGGCAAGUUAGAGAGCCUCCAGAAUGUCCCUUCCAUCCCGCUCCUGUUUUCCUAGCACAUUGCUAGCUGUUUCUGUUGCCUUUGAAAUGCCUGCACCUGGACAGACUCUCUUCAGGCCUUGGGUGGGAUGUGCUAAUCAUGCCUUCAGUGUUUGUGCCUCAUGGGGCUCUCCAGAGCGAGGGUGCUGCCUGUAUCAUGUGUAGCUGCUCCCAAAUGACACACUACUUCGGAUCUCAUCAGCUGUAUUUGAGAUGUGUGAAGUCACGGUGAUGCUGUCGGGUGAAGAUUCUGCCUCCUCAGGUGCAGCAUCUGCAGGAAAAGACGCUGUUUUCAUAGCCCUGUUUGUCAGUGAAGUGUCCCCCUGGGCCCCCCCGUCACCUGGGGGUGUCACAGCUCCUGUUCACUGGACUCUCCUACACAAAGACCUCAACUAAUGUUGGUAAUCAGUACUUAAUGCUCAGGAUACCCGAGUUGUCUGUGGCCAGAGGCUGGAGACAGAGGAGCCCAUGUUCUUGUGCAUGUUCUUUGGUCGAUGCACGCAGAGGAAUUGAGAGCUGUGAAAGCUGAGGAAGGGAUCUCACAUACGUAUGGCGUGUGAAUGUAGAGGGGCUGGCCACACCAUAGAGGGAAUGUCUGAGCAGCUGAGGGUGCAGAGCCCCUCACGUGUGUGAACACAGGAGUCUGUCUGAGUGAGGAUUUGGAGAGCCUGCCUUAUCCCCUGUGUGUUACUGUGACUCCUCCCUGGUCUCAGCCACACUGUGCUGUGCUCUGAACGGGCAGCACAGAUGACUGAGGCAAGAUGCUGUGUGGCUAAAACAGCUUUGUACUGUAGAGAGCUGAAGGGCUGUGAAGGUGCUCACCCUCAUUGUUUACCUGGCUGCUGACCUGGACUUUGGCUUGCUGCACCUCUGUUGAGUGCAGUCCUGAGCUCUGUGGAACAGGCCAGAGUGAACUGGACCUCAGUCCUUCCCAGACUCCCCGUCAGUCCCACUGUUGUGCAUGUUUCAGCUGCCAGCUCCUCCCUGGUGGCAAUGCUUUGGGGCACAGCCCAAAGCAGGCCACUGAGCCCUGGAGAAUCUGUGCAUCUGGCUGCUUGCCCCAAACGGUGGGCAAGAGGGGGUCCUCCUGCCCAGCUCAGCAGUACUGGUAUCACUGGAACCUGUCCUUACAGGGCUGGUUGUGUGUCUCAGCGCUGCAGUGGUGGUUAUGCUGAUCACUGAGACUCUCCUGAGACAGGGAGGGUGUGAGAUAGGCUCUGCUGCAGGCAGAAAGGCUGUGAAUGAGCCCAUGGAGGAGACUUUUAUUUCUUGGGUUUACAGGGAAAGGAGGAGAUAAAGCCAGGAAAAUAUUGUGGAGUGGAAUGGUUACCUGGGCUUUUCUGCUGGCAGAGAUGUGACAGACUUCUCAGAGAAAUAUGUUCCUGCUGCUAUUGUGAAGGAGAGGAGAGCUGUGGUGUGUCCUGCCUGGAGGAGGAGGAGGCCUCCUGGUCCUGGUCUUACCCAGCUCACACUCUGUAGCAGGAGUCUGUGGGAUGCAAUACUGAGUGUCUGUUGCCAUCUGUCCCAUCCCAUGGAACAUUCCUUGGGUCAGCUGCCCAGCAGAGCCAGGCCUGUCAUUCACAGCAGAGAGUGCUCAUGCCUACGACUAUGCAGAGGAAGCUCUGUCUGGAAGAGAGGAAGCUGCAGAGGGCCCCCUCUGCCUUCCCCUUCCAGCCGCUGAGCAGGUAUAAUGCACUUUUCACAUUAAGUGUCCCUGUCCCCACCCCCACACUUGAAGUCACUUUGCCCCUUAGAGAACUAACAAUCUUUGUUACUCAGAAAAUAUUGUUAAAGAAACUACAGCAGCUGGAGUAGCCCAAAUGGUAGUUCCUGCCCGCAGCAGCACACGUGCCUUUCCCCAGCAUCACUCACAACUGCUCCUUGUCUUUCAGGCUGUCCUAGGGCCUGACACUUUGCAGAAGCUGCUACGAUGGCCACGAGUGCACAUUCUGUACAGUUUGGCCCCGGAUGUUCCAUGUAUGGCUUAAAAGGUUGAUGGUCCAGGCCCUUGCACAGCUUUCACACCUGUCUGCGGAGGACAGGAUUGCCCCUAAGGUCCUUCCAGGCUGCUGCUGCCAACGUGCCCCUGCACACUCGGGUUGUUUUCGGCUGUCAUGGCACCUUAGCGCCAGGGAGGGCCUGCCCAGAGACAGACAGACAGACAGACAGAAGCAGGGGGGCCGGCUGGGCUGCCCUGAGGCAGGGAGGUGUUUGUAGAUAAGUGCUGACCCCUCACUAUAACCCCAGUAUAUGGCUGUAUUAACAUGUAACCGACGCAGUGUAUCUAAAGCCUUAGAACUAGUCAGGUGCUCCCCUCCAACCCUGUCCCUGCCCCUUUCCUCCUACCUGAUCUUUAACAAAGCAUUAAUAAUUCUAAGGAUAAUCUCUAUUUUGUUGUGCUUUUUUUGUAACUGUUUUAAAUAAAUCAAUUUGUACUGUAUAUUUGUACUUUUGGUGAGAUCCUUUCUCCUGUUUUACCAUUUUAAGUCUGUACUUGGCUACACACAGAUUGUAUUUUUAUUGUUAAUGCUCUUAUGAAUAUUGCAUUUAACUUGUUGACUCUGUAAACACAGUAUAUAUCUAUAUAUAUAUAUAUAUCUAUAUAUAAACCAAUAGCUUUUCC